GUUAGUACGUGUUUUUUUGAACAAGUGAGGAAAUUCGAAUCCUGUUUAUCUCUCUGUGUGUGCGCUUUUCAGCCAAAUUCAAUUCACGUUUCUAUAAAUAUAUACAUAUACAUAAAAAAAAUUACAUCUUGCAUUGAGAAACAGAGAAUAUACAAGAAAACAGAAUUAAUACACUUAUAGUUCCUGUAAACUAUUUAACACUUUUUUUUGUUAAAAAAAAAGAGAGAAAACAAACACCUUCAUUUUGGAACAGCAAAUACGAAAUUUUUGUCACAUUUUUUUGUCAUCACUUUCCUCAUACAAUUUUUCGGAAAGAGACACGGAGCGGACAUUUUUUGUUUCAAAACUGACGCAACCGAAAAAAAAUAUCACAAAAAAUUAACAAAAAAUAAAUAAAUAAAUAAAUAAAACAACUCGUGAGUAAUUAUCGACAACAUAAUAUUCCGAAAAAUUUGGCUCUCAUCGACGGAGAAAAAGACGUAAGGAAAAACAUACAAAAUAACUGAAGAGAAGAACGAGAAAAGAACAACCAGAAUCGGAUUUCUUUUUUUUUUCAUUAAAAUAAGGAAACUCAUCGAUAUAAACUGAAAACUUAAAAAUAAAAUCACUAUAAAAACAAACCGAAUACUGAACUGAUAAAAACCAAGAGAAUAAAAAAAAUAAAACAGCGUUAACGGAUUUUUCGCAAGCAUAUAAUCGCCUACUCUGCAUCGUUCGUAGUUGCAUCACAAAUGUAUUUAUGAUUUUGAAAGCAGUAAAACGGAUCUCACGCUAAGAAAAGAUCUUUCGUUAAUGAAAACAAAAAAGUUAUUCACUAGAUAAACACUUUUCCGCUGAAGUUUUCUCUUCCGAUUGCAAUCGGCAACGUACAAUCGAAUUUUCAGUUCGUUACGUUUGUUUCGUUUUCUCAUUUGUGUUGUAAAACCGCAGUUCAAAGUGCGAGAGAGAGGAUACGAAAAAAUUUAUAUAUUUAGUGAAAACGAGAAAACUCCAAAGAUAGAAAAAAAAAGAGAGAGAGAAGAGAGUUACAUAAAAUACACUUUUAAGAACAUUACAUUUCACAUUUGUCAGCAAACGAAAAACUUUUGUGAUCCCGAGUAAAUAAAAGACGUUUGAAUUCCGAGCUAAUUGAUUUCCGAAAUUGAAGCGAAAAACAAAGCGUUAAAAAUCUCAAACUAUCACAAAAUAUCCAUGCAAAAUCAAGAUUGAUCCAAAGGAAUUGCUUAUAUUAGAAUUGUGCAAACAACGCAAUCGAAAACUGUUCAAAACAAACGAAAAAGUUACAUCGUGCAAAACGGAAUAUAAGACACUCACACAUGCAAACGAAAGCAAAAGAAAACAAGAGAAACACACUGGUACUUUACUUUAAACAAAUAUAACUUUAAUUGAACUGAGUGCAUUUCGUACUGGGUUGAUAGAAAACGAAAAGAAAAAAAAUUGAGAAGUUCCAUAACUUGACUUUGUCAGUCUCGUGUUUCUUUAAAUACUUAACAGAGUGAUUUUGGGUGUAAUAACAAUAAUUCGAUAGUGACUUUGCGAGAACGAAGAGAAAAAGGGGAUAUUGUUUGUUCAAACGUUCAGUGCAUUUGUUAAAGUGUCUAGUUGAUUAUUUUUUAAAAACAUUUUUGAUCAAUCACAAAAAAAAACCGUUUUGAAGUGCGAAAGAAAAGUCAUACAAUUUUUCAUUUAAAAAUUUUUGAGCGAAUUGUUUGACACAGUUGCAUUACCGGAAUAUGAAUUAAAAAUUGCAACCGCAAAUCAUUCAAGUACAAAAAAAAUAAACUAGUCAUUAAAAAGGAAUUUUGUUAAAAGAGCAUACCCGAAGCUGAUUUGAUGUCCUGCUGAUAAAAAAUUGAAAAAAAAAAAAAACAAAAAACUUUGUAGCCAAUAACACGAGAAUUGAGAAGAAAUUUUCGAACGAAACCCCGAAAGUCGCACGCUACUAUAUCCUGACCGAAUAGAUCUUAUUUUCAGGUAUCAAGACAGUGGCAUUCGAAACGCCACAUCAGCGAAAAAUACGCACAAAAAAAGCGAGAACAAGCGUCUAUUAUUGAAAAGCUACACCACAUCGCGGUAGCAUAAACAACAAUCAAAUUUAGUGUGUGAAUUAUUAAUCAAAAAUCCGCGAAAAUUGAAUUCAAUCGAAAAAUGUUGGCCAUGUCAACCCUAAUGAUGCCAGCACCAACGAUGGCAUGUGCUCCGCCAAUUGCCGUUGGACCACAUAAGCCACCAGAAGCAAAAUUGUUGGCUAUACAUCCAACACAUGCUCAAACCACUCCACAGCAUCAAAUUCAUGCCCAACAACAACAGCCGCAACAAUGUCAACAACAACAACAAAUGAGCUCGAGUAACAAGCCAGAACAUUAUCACAUAUUCGUAGGGGAUUUAAGUCCCGAAAUAGAAACACAACAGCUUAAGGAUGCGUUCGCACCAUUCGGAGAUAUAUCAGAUUGUAGAGUCGUAAGAGAUCCUCAGACAAUGAAAUCAAAAGGAUACGGAUUUGUAUCAUUUGUAAAGAAAACGGAAGCGGAAAGUGCAAUAACAGCAAUGAAUGGACAAUGGUUAGGCUCCAGAUCAAUUAGAACGAAUUGGGCAACUAGAAAGCCACCAGCGACAAAGGCUGAACUCAAUUCAAAACCAUUGACUUUUGACGAAGUCUACAACCAAAGUAGUCCAACAAACUGUACAGUAUAUUGUGGUGGCGUAAAUGGCGCAUUAUCCGGAGCAUUGACAGAAGAAAUUUUACAAAAAACAUUUUCACCAUUUGGUGCGAUUCAGGAAAUCAGAGUGUUCAAGGAUAAAGGAUAUGCUUUUGUUCGUUUCUCUACAAAGGAGGCCGCUACACAUGCGAUCGUUGCGAUUCACAAUUCUGAAAUAAAUGGUCAGCCAGUGAAAUGUUCAUGGGGAAAAGAGAGCGGUGAUCCAAAUAAUGCACCAUCAAUUGCAAGCCAAGCAUUGGGCCAGGCUGGUUUUCCAUUUGGUACCGCAUAUGGACAACAAGUUGCCGGCUAUUGGUAUCCACCAGCACCAACUUAUCCAACAGCUCCGGCUCCAUCGGCACCAAUUCAAGGUCAAUUUUUGCAAGGAAUGCAAGGAUAUGCGUAUGGGCAAUUUGCUGGCUAUCAACAGGCUGGCUACAUGGGAAUGGGUGUACAGAUUCCAGGUGCAUGGCAAGGUGUUCCAGCUCAAGCACAAAUUCCAGCCGCACAAAUUCCGACUGCUCAAGGUGUUGGCAGUGCUCUACCACAAGCUGCUGGCGUUGUUGCUUAUCCAAUGCAACAAUUUCAGGUGAGCCCACAGAUUGACGAAAGCGCCUAUUCAACCAUGGACAACAUUUAUGGAGAUUUCAAAACUCAUUCUCCACCAAAAAGCCCACACAUUUCAAUUAAAGAUGUACGCUACUUAUCUAAAUACAAUUCGAAAUUGUGCUAUCAAGGACCAUACGGCGUCUAUUAAACAUUUUGCCCAUAAAAAAUCGGCGGCAUUUCAAACCAUCUCAUAUUUCAAAAAAAAAAAAAAAUUGAAACUCAACGCUGCACACGCAUAGCUCAUCGAAAUACAUACACACACUCACUCAGAAUAUAUAUAAAUAAAAGUAAAAUAGAAAAAAAUGGAUAAAAAAAUAUCUCAUACAAAUAGCACUGAAUAUUUAUGACCCUAAAUGUGUGUAUAUCGAAGAGUAGUGCUCUGAAGUCGAUAGGAAAUUUAGUAUAAUGUGUGAAGAGAAUGAGAUAUAUACAGAUAUUCAUACCAUGAUGUGGUAAUUGUUUAAAUUGGAACGGUUUUUUUGCGUUCUGAUUUUGGAGAUAGCGCGAGAAAAAAAAAACCUAGACAGCAAAUCAUGCACUCGCGUUACACACGCAAUGCGACCAACCACCAUCGACAAACUCAUCUAUUUAAUUGCGAAUGGAUUGUGUUUUUUCUCUCUUAUUCACUGUUGGUUAUAUGCGUUCUAUUUGCUCCACCCGGGUCAAUUCUAAUUUUCAAUAUGAUUUUGAUAUUGCAGUUUCGACGAUCAAACAAGCGUUCGGCGUCUGUCAAAUUGAAUAAUUUAUCAUUUUGAAAUGUACGUAUAUUAAUAACAGUCUUAGGCUGUCUUAAUCGAAAAAAAAAACCGAAAUCGACUAUCUAAUCGAAAAAAGACAUUUAAAUUGAUUGAAUCACAUGAUUGAAUUGAAAUGGCAUAGAUAAUGAUUGAACCGAACAGUUUAAACACAGAAAAUGAAACGAUUUUAAAUUCAAAUCAGAAUUUACUUAGGAAUUAAUAUACAUAAAAUUAGAUAAAAAAAGCAAGCAUAUUGUUUGUACCAAAAUGCAUGUUUGAUGUGUAAUUAAAACAAAAACAAAAUGAGACAAAAAAAAAGUAAAGUACAGUUGUGUGUCGUGUCCCACGAUGAGUUUUCUGAAUUGUUGAAAUUAACAAACAAACUACAAAUGAACUUAUAGUACAGUAAUCAAACUCCUAAAAUGAAAACUCCAGUUUUAUGUAUAAAUGAAAAACCAAAAACAUUUAAACCAAAAAAAGAGAGCAGUAAAAAAACAUCCAGACUAUUCAGAUAUAUAUUGAACAUUUAGAACAAAUUUAAAAUCAAAAGAAAUCUGAGCGAACGAUUUCAAUUACAUGCGGCAUGUUAUAAUACAAAAAAAACAAAACAAACAACUAAAUGCCUCGCGUCAUAGCAAAACAAAAUUAAGAAGCACUUUUUGUAUGAAUUCGUUUUUAUUACAUGAAAUGAAGUCUUGAGCCAACGAAACUAAUUUUCAUUUCCAAAUUAUUUUUUUGUAAAUUGAGAAUCAGUGUUAACCGGAGCUUGGGAUCCGAAAUACUCUAACCACACACACACACUUACACACUCAUUACGUCAAGAGCAUCACACAAAUCUAACAUAAGAAUGUCUCUUUUUCUCCUUUCAAACACAUAUCGAUAACAGCAAUGAUGUUUUUUUAAUAGUGUGUGCGUGUGUGUGUGUGUGGUCAGUACAGUUUUUCAAAUUGUAAGAUCAUUUUUCGAAGAAAAACGAGAUUUUUUCGUUCUUUUCAUUUUUUCGGUUUUUUUAACUCUUUCGAAUUGGCUGCGCAGACAGAUUAUUUAAGGAAUAUGAAACAAAAAAGCAAAGCAUAGUAAAAUGUAAUGUAUGUAUUUAUAACGAAAAAAAAAAAUUAAGCAUGAACACUAAAUAAACCUUAACUGAACAAAAAUACUCAUCCCCACUAAAGCAAACAACUAACAAGGCAACCAUAAAUAACAAAUGGAAAAUGCUAAAUUGUUUGAUUUUAAAUUGUCAACUCAAGUUUUCACAACAUAAAUUAUCCAACAAUUACCAAUUUCAUCGAAAACAAUUGUUUGUUGAUGAUUUUGUGAAAAUUUGAGGUGAUAAUACCCACACACAACAACAACAACAAAAACCCGUAGAUUUAGAAUAUUCGUAUAUUGUAAUUAACAACGUUCAUCAAUAUCAGCAAAUCAAUAUUUAUGCACACAGAUUUAAUGGCGCUGAUGAACGAUAUAAUUGAUAAAUUAUAACAAACAACAACAAACAAAAAUGCAUGUAGAUUAAUUAGGUCUUAGCAAAUCAAUGAACGAUUUAGAUGAUGAUUAUAUUAUAUUAUAUAUAUAUACAUGAGUGAAAUGAUUCCUACCAACAAAAAAAAAUGAGUGACAACGUAACAUAACACAACAGUUUUAAAAACAAUUAUAUAUGGAACAACAAACAACGCACACAUAAUCUCACACUAACUAAAUAUCCGCAUGCAUUUAGUAAUAUUUCAUGUUUGGGUUGUGCAACAGAAUUCGCAAAUGGUCGAAGCAACAACAACAACAUUAAGCAUAUAAGAAAAAUGAACACUAAAUGGGACAAGAAAGAGAAAAAACCAACAACACAAUCAACAUAUAAUUGUUAAAGAAAUGUCCAAAUCAAAUUUAAGAUAUAAGAUUUUAACUCUAGAGUUGAUGUGCAAAAUUCGAACUUCGGCCACAUACACAAAUGUCACAGACACACACACACAGAUACACAUCCGAGGCAUUUCAAUUGAGCAAUUGUAAAAAAGCAUUGGAUUUUUCACUGACGGAACACAUACAGAGACACAAACACGUAUACAGAAACUCGAACACAGAUUGGAACAGGUAAUUAAAUCGAUUAAUGGCAUUAAAAAUUAAAAAAAAUUGGUAGAGUUAUGCUCGUUGUAAGAAGUGUCACCGUAUAUUAAAUGCGCUUUUAGUGAUUUACGUUAUUUAUCAUAUAUAGAUGGAUUUUUAUCGUUUAUCUCAUUGAAUUUUUUGUUUGUGUUUUUUUUUUCUAUUCAUUUCGAUGAAGAGGUAGGGACGGAAUAUAAUAGAUGCUAUGUGAUUUAGCAUACGGUUUGUUUGUACAUGAAAUCAGCGAUUAUUGAAAGAAUGAAACCAACAAAAAAUAAAAAACAUUAUUGUGGAGAUAUUUGUUUGAGAGCUUUGUUUCAAUAAUUGACAACGGAGUGAAAUUUAUAUGCAAUAAUUUAUGUUGUGUUAAUCAUAAAAAUGUGUGUUAAAUUAAACUACGAAACGAUAAAAUUAAACAAAAAAAAAACUAUAAAAGUAUAUAUAUGUAUAUGUAUAUUUAUCCAAAAUAGGAAAGGGAACCAGUUACUAUAUACUUUUAUUGAGUAAUUAGUAACCAAAUGGAAAGUGGAUUUUAUUUCGUGUUUUUUUAAAUAUAAAAUUGUUUGUAAAAUAAUUUUCCUUUUCAUUGGUGCAUAUCUCUGUUAUUUUUGCGGGGCAACAACCCGGCGAAUUCUUAUUCAGAACGUGCCAGGUUUUGGUUUUUUUUAUUCGAAGUAUUUUUUUCUUAAAAAAAAAAACGGUUAAAGGCUGGUUUUAUUGGAACAAAAAAGAAAUUCAUUGGAAAUAAAGCUAUAACAUUCAUUAAUUCAGUAUUGGUUGUUAAAUUUAGAAAUGUUCUUCAAUGAAAAUGUAUGUUUUUGUCAUCCGACCACUUAGCUUUUAAUUGUUCGGAGUUCAUGGCAGACCGGGUAGUUUCGAGAGUCGUGGAAUGAAUUUAAGGGCUAAUAAUACACAUACUUUAGCUUAGGAUUUAAAGCAAUUGCUUACAACCCACUCAAUCGAAAUAAGAUUGACAUUGAUCCAGUAUAGAAAUAUACGGAGCGCAUUAUCAUUGGCAAUUUCAUUGUUCGCAUUCCGACACAUACACUAUUGAUCAGUUUAUAUCUCCUUUGCGAAUGUGACGCAUUCCAUUUCGUUGUGCUUGAGACAAAAAAGAGCCAAAUACAUUUUACACAUACACAAACACCGAAACAGAGACAAAGACAGAAUGCGAAUAUACAUUUUUAAAGCAGGAUAGCAGAAAGAGACAUAAAUCAACAAUGAUACGCAAUAUCGACUAUGCGAAAGGUUUCAAUUUAUAUGUUUUAUUUUAAGCACAUUUACUUAAGAUAACUUAGUAAUUAAACGUGGCAAAAAAAAUCAACUCAUGUAACAACAACAAUUCAACAACUAAUUUUACUAAGAUCAUGAAAAAAAUCCGAUUGUUCGUACGAAAUCAAAAUACAGACCGAAGCAAAUGCUCAUUAUUUGACUGAUUUCUGUUAUCUGUACACAGCUUUUUGAACAAUUGUUACCCCAUUCUCGCGCAUUCUGCAUUAGAUUUCUGAUUUUUUUUUAUUGUUUGAAAUUUAGUUUUGGCAAUCUUUCAUGAUUAAGCAUUUUUAAAACACACAUAACUGACACUGUUGCCGCGAAAACAAAAUGAUAACAACACAUACAUUCAAUCAGUCAUGCAGUCACAUGCAACCAUGCAUACAUCUAGAUAACAUGAUUUAGAUUAUUUUAGCGUUAUAGUCUUUAGAUAAAAUUGCAAAUUCAAAAUAGAAUUUAAGAAAGAGAAAAAAAACACACACUCAUGGAGAAAUACCCAAAAAAAAACCAACCAAAGCUGUAAAUCAACGGCUAUUAGAACGGCUGAAAAUCAAUUAUGAAUGUUUGAAGCAAAAACCCGAACGACCGAAAAUCGAAUGUUAAGAGCGAUGCAAUCGAACAAUCACCGCUAGCUUAAUCAAAGCCAUCAGUAAUAUUGCAACGCGAAUUACAAAUAUAAACAGCUUGAUGACGAAUGAAAACGUGUGCGUGAGAUUGAGAAAAUGUGAAUUUUAUGAAUUUUAUCUUACAAACAAUAUUAAACUAAACACAAACAAACAAAAAAAAAACUAUAUUUUAGAGAACGCAUGUGAACCUUACCAUUGUUCAACUAUUGAUUAUUCAAUUCGAUCAAAUUAUGAUCAGGCUCAUUUAUACGAGCCGUACCUUAGCUUUGUUAACACACAACGAAACAUUGAAAACAUAACAAGAAACAACAACAUUUUUUUACAUAGUGAGAAUUGUUAGACGGAUUUUCAAGCUCAGUCAUCUUUGCGACAAUUUUUUUGUAUUCACCUGCCAGCCAACUUGCUCAUUUUUGUCAUGGCAUUAUUUUUUGUUUCAUUAUUCUCUUAAAUGAAUCGAAUGCAAGUUAACAAAAAUUGAUGGAAAUAGCAUAAUUUCACUGUUUGUAUGAAAACAAAAAAAGUCCCUAUCCUCUUCCGCCCACACACAACAUACCAAUUCCAAUAAAUAAUUUCCAUUGAACCGAAUCAAAUAGAAUUAAAAAAUUGACAUCACCAAACGAAAAGUUCAUCGGACAAAUUUGAAAAAAAAAAAAACUCAUCGAUUCUCCCCGCAAGUUCCGUGAUUUUCAUUCAUCAUAACGGAAACUACAAACAAUUCUCACUAAAUAUAGAUUAAAUUACAUGAUUUUGAAAAAAUACAGAAAAUAAUCUGAAAAUAUCAAAAUGUCCGCUUUGGUUUCAACGGUUAGUUAAAGCUGGUGACUUUAGACCGAAGGGUUUUUAUUUUCCUGUUCAACUUUUCCAUAUCUGUAUUCAUUUAUUUCUUUUGCAAGCGUACGAGUAACAAAAAAAUAAUUACGAAAAUUAUAGCCUUCUUAAAUUCCACUUUAGCCUUACCAAACGAAAAUAAAAGACAAAAAAAAACAUACAUAACCAACACAAGAUGUGUAAGAGAUAAAUACCCUGAUUUAAAAAAAAAAAUGAGAAAGAAAGAGAGACGAAAAGGGAAUUGUUCAGUGCAAAUUGUGCAUAUUUUUGCUAUAUUUAUUAUCAACUAUAUGUAGAUGGUAUGGAUAGGGCAGAAUACAUUCGCAUCAAUACAUUAUUGCUAUUACGAAGGAAAAUUAUAGAAAAUGGUAAUUUAAUUUUUUUUUGUGAAGACGACGCACGCAAUACCAAACUUCAAGCGACAGAGAUAUAAAAAAACAUCCCUUUUUGCACACAGAUCGCAUCUUUGAAUUGAAUAAUAAAUUCUUCUUGGGAAGACAGUGAACAAAAAAGCUUUAUUUAUCUGUUUUCAUUUACAGUCAUCGAUUUGAUCAAUUCUGCUUGCAAUCACGAGCCUCGUGAAAUGAGUGAAUAAUCAUGUGAAAUCGAACCAGUGACGCUCAUUCUGAAUGAAUAUUACCAAUAUAAAACAAAAAAAAAAACACACACACACACACGCGCUCAAUCGAUACUAAAUAAAUUGAAUUGCAAACAAACUAACAAUUGACAAAAAUGAAACAGACUCGGAGAGAGACAGAGAGAGAUAGAGAACACUAAAGCGGAAUUUUAGGAUCAUUUUUGGAUUGGAAUUUUUCGAUCGAAAACAGACACAAAUCCACAAUCACCACCCUCUCUUACCCCAACCACUCACUCACAUAUAUAUUAUAUAUACAUGACUAUUAAAAAACAACAAAAGAGCCCAGCAAAAUGAAAGCAAUAUUUUUUAAUUUUCUCACAUAAAAAAUAAUGGCAUGAAGUAGUAAAACUGAACGAAACAAAAAAAAAAUACAUAAAUGAAUAGCAACCAUUAGGAAUAUAAAAGGAAACGACGAAGACGACGACGACGUUGAUGACAACAACAGCAACAUCAAAGCCCAAAACGAAGAAAAUAAACCAACAAAUAAGGAAAACAAAAAAGAAGAAGAAAAAAAAAACAAAAUUAAUGAAUUAACAAAGCGUAAAUCAUUAAAUGUACUGUGUAAAUGUGUAUUUGUUAUUGUUAAUGGAUACUUGUUAAUUGAGCAUAUUUUAGUCGCGGCACAUUGACCGUUUCGAUUUUAUUUUCAUAAUAAUUCUAGCCAACCCCAGAUAUUAUUACAAUGGUCUAUUUGAUUUUUGUUGGUUCGGUUUUUUUUUUAUUCAUUCUCAUUGCUUGAAAUAUUGCUCUUCUUUGACCAAAAUCAUUGAAAAUGAAAUAAAUGGUGAAUGUGUCUCUGACUACACUCCCCCAAUCACUUAUAAAUAAAUGAAUAUAUCUAAAGUAGAAUAACGAUGGAAAAAAAAGAAAUCACACUCAAACAACAAGUGAAAUACAAACUUAAAUCCAUAAGCAAUUAAUCCGUGGAUCAUAUGCAAUUUCGAUAUGACACAAACAAAAACAAUGUUGGCUUUCUUUUUAUUUCAUAUUCAUUUUCAAUCGAAUUGGAUCGAACAUAUAUAUUAUACAAAACAUUAUAUUGUUGCAGCUGAACUGCGCUAUAUUAAAUUUAAAAGGUUUUAGGUUUUAAAUACAUUUUCGCGACGGUUAUUUUACACCAUCAAUUUCCAUCAUUUACCGACAAACAUAAAUUAGUAGCAAGACGAAAAAAAAACAAACAAACAAAAAC